GCAAAACAUCGCAACAAACAUUCCAACAAUCAUCUCCUUCCUCAGUAGUUCAAAUGAUUUUCAUAAAACAAAGACUUCAAUCAGCAAAGCAUACAAAGUGAAAAAGUUGAAACAACUUUUUGAAUAUAGGGAAGAAGACAGUCGAACCAAUAAAUAUAUUUAUACUCCAAAUAUUUCUUUUUUCAUGGAGGAGAAAGUAAAUGCACAGGACCCAAAUUCAAAUCCGGGGCCUAAUCCGAACCCGGAUCCGAGUCAGGCCCCACGGCCUCAGUCUGCAGCUCUGACUUUGGAGACGGAUAAAGAUAUGGCCGGAGCUUCCACCUCUAACCCUUCUUGGUUUACUCCCAAAAGGCUACUUGCUAUUUUUUGUGUGAUCAACUUAAUAAACUACGUUGAUCGUGGAGCUAUAGCGAGUAAUGGUGUCAAUGGGAGUGUUAGAACCUGCUCGGAAAGUGGUGUAUGCACACCUGGUAGUGGAAUUCAGGGUGAAUUUGACUUGACUAACUUCGAGGAUGGAGUUAUAUCAUCUGCUUUCAUGGUGGGGCUCCUUGUGGCAUCUCCGAUUUUUGCAUCUUCAGCCAAGAGUGUCAAUCCAUUUAGGCUCAUUGGAGUUGGCUUGAGUGUGUGGACAGUUGCAGUCACUUUUUCUGGGUUUUCGUUUAAUUUUUGGUCCAUGGCGGUUGCUCGCAUGCUAGUGGGUGUUGGCGAGGCCUCUUUCAUAAGUCUUGCUGCCCCUUUCAUAGAUGACAAUGCCCCACUUGGACAGAGAACAGCCUGGCUGGGAGCAUUUUACAUGUGUAUUCCAACUGGUAUUGCAGUGGGUUACGUUUAUGGUGGAUUGAUUAGUACUUUCGGUUGGCGAUGGGCAUUCUGGGUGUUGGCACUAUUAAUGCUUCCCUUUGCCAUAUUAGGCUUCGUGAUGAAACCUUUGCAGUUAAAAGGUUUCGGUCAUGCUGAAACUAACAAAGCAUUGACAGCCGAAGAUCAAGCUUCUGACCUUUCCACGAGGCGAGAAAUUGGAGACGAAAGCUCAAAGUCUUCAAGGUUUGGAGCUUUAACAAUAUUCGGGAAAGUUAUGCAACUUCUGUUGCUUAACCAGGUGUACGUGGUUAACGUUCUUGGGUAUAUUGCGUAUAAUUUUGUGAUCGGCGCCUAUUCGUACUGGGGACCUAAGGCAGGAUAUAAUAUAUACCACAUGAGCAAUGCAGAUUAUAUGUUUGGUGGAGUUACAGCGAUCUGUGGAGUAUUCGGUUCGAUAGCAGGUGGUCUUGUUCUCGAUCGUAUGAAUUCCACAUUACCUAAUGCUUUUAAGCUUCUGUCAUUUGCUACACUCCUCGGAGCAGUAUUCUGCUUUGCUGCGUUUUGUUUCCAUAGCCUGUAUGUUUUUCUGGCACUUUUCGCGAUUGGCGAGCUGCUCGUUUUUGCUACCCAGAUACCGUUCUUCCCAGCCCCUGUAAAUUUUGUUUGUCUGCGUUGUGUCGAGCCUAGUCUUCGACCAUUAUCAAUGGCAAUGUCAACUGUAGCAAUUCACGUAUUUGGUGAUGUCCCGUCCUCUCCCCUCGUUGGGCUCCUCCAGGACCGGAUCAACAAUUGGAGGGCUACCGCCCUUACUUUAACGUCUAUUCUGUUCGUGGCUGCUGGAAUUUGGGUCGUAGGAAUUUUCAUGCCGGCUGUGGAUAGAUACGACGAAGAUGUCGAGCACCCAGCUCCGGUGGUGGAUAAGUCGAAUUCCACGCCGUUGCUUGUGGAGAAGACGACGGAAGCAUCUUAGAUUGGAGUCUUGAUAGCAUUUUUUGAUAUACAAGCAAGUAGGAGUAGGGGUGGGUAGGUAAGGUAUACCUUACCGAAACCACCAUACCGUAUACCUUACCGUAAAUACGGUAUGCGAAAAAGUCAUACCUUUACCUUAUCAAAGUUUUCGGUAUACCGA